AUUAUACGCCUAAUGUGUCGACGUAUUUGAAUUACAGCGAUGCGAAGUAACAAGUGUGACUUUAUUCAUCUGAGAUUGACUGAAAGUCUUCUAUGUUCUCUGGAAAAUAUCAAACAAAACGGCGGUAAGAUCUCACUUGCUUGUGAACCGCAGCAAAACCCGAAGAUUGUAGUUACUACUUCGGGAUCAGAUUCCGUUUAUGAACUCGAACCCGACCAUGGUACAGUAUAUUUUUCGCUCGUCAAUGUUAGGAAAUCAGUUGGAAAGUGUCUACAAAAUAUCCAGUAUAGAUACAGAACUAAAGCCACUGAUGACAGCUUUGUUAAAGCACGUGAAAAUCUUGUCAAGGAAGUGGAAAACAGUCGCCAACAAAAAAUCAAAACGCUUGACUAUCAGUUGAAAUCUGCCUCGUUAAUUAAAGACGAACGCAAUACAAAGGCUAGAAAAAAUUUGAAAAGAAAUUCACUUUCUGGGCCUCCAUCGAAGAUGCCGAAAAUUUCGGUUGGUAACAAUAAGACAAGAAACUCAGAUAUUCCGUCUAACAUCCCAUCUUCCAAAGAGAAGAGUGUUCAAAGACAUGGGAAUUUAUCUAGUACUUCACCUGAAUUAAUAACUGAUUCCCUUGUCAAUAUUAAAGCAAAGGUCUGUGAUAAAAGUGAUAAACAAAAAGUGACACAUACUUCAGGAACAGCUGAUAUGAAUGAUGUUGAGAAAGUUAUUUAUAAUAAGUGUUUGUCAGCGGUACAAAGGAGAAAUGUAUUAGAACAACGCCUCCGUGAAGCAUAUACAAAUACCGACGAGUUUGUAAGAGCCGAAGAAAUUGAAAAAAUUAAAAUGGAUCUAUGCACUCUCGUUGAUGAUCUAUACACCGAUGAAUUGUUGAAAAAUGGAUACCUAUGUCUAUUGGAUCUGGAUAGUUUUGUUGUGAUAUCUUAUUUUCUUGUGCAUAUUUUCUUAUAAGAGUAGUAUAUCAAACUAUGCAAAAUGUUUAUGUGUAUUCAUUUUUGUAUAGAUUGUAAAUAAAUUCACGCUACACAAACAUAUUUAAAUUCAUUUUCUUGUUGUUCUGGUAUGUUCGUGAGACGCUAUUUCUUGUUUGCUUCGUUUAAAUUGAAUUUAUUUUUGAAGGAUAUUAGAGCAGACAUUUCAUCUUGUUGAUGACAUGCCUUUAUUAAUGUGUAAAAUUCCGGCUUGUUUGUAAUUUCGUUAACACUCGGCUUUUAUGGAUUUAUUAAUUUACAAAUCAACAUUGUAUCCAAUGUUCUAUUAAGAUACGAUAAAUUUUUUAAAACUUGGAAUUAAAAUAAGUGGCGUUUGGAAGACAUUAAAAUAAAGAUACUUGUAAAAUAUUUCCGCGAUUCAAACUCUAAGUGGUGUAUGGGUUAGAAGCUGACCCCGGCUGUAGAAUUCUUGAUCGAGAUCUAUGAACCUAUCGUUAUUCAUGGUUGGUGGUGUUAAAUUAAUUAGCCAGGAGUUUCUCGCAGCUGAGUAGAUUCACUUAUCCCAUAUCUUACACUAAUCCUCGAGCUUAGUCUUAUUCUAAACUUCUGAAUUUUGCAACUUUUUUGGAAAUCAUAUUGUCUGUGGAUGGUUCCAGUACACACCUCAUCUG